AGGCUCAAGUCAUCGUCACCUGCUGCUAUACAGGAUGAAGUGUUCUUCACUCAUGAAAGCUACAAGAAAUAUUCGUGUCUUCCAUCCUUUGUGGAGUUCCUUGACAAACAUCUUAAAGCAACCAAAGAUGGCGGCAGUGAUAUUGAAAGUAGUUAUGGUAACAGUUCCAUAACGGAUUUACCAUUCAUGUCUGAGGGGUACAAUGUCCAAGGUGCUAAUAGGAUUGGUGCUGAGGGAGAUAGAUCAAAUAGCACCCCAGCUUCUGUUGGUCCUCAAAUGGAGUUCCCAUUUGUUUCAAAAGUCAGUAUUGAAAGCCAGAAAUUAUUGAUGGAAACUCUUCAGAUGAUCAAGUGCAGGGAGCUGGCCAAAGUAGAUUUAGAGAAGAUGCAAACUGUUCAGGUAUAAACAAUGAUUGCUGUUGAAUUUUGCUAAUACAUUAUGACCACUCUGUUUAUACAACCACCUAGUUAUUAUGACCAAAAUGACCCAAUAGUAAAAAACACUGUUCUUUAUAAUACCUCGUGAAUACAACCAUGCACCUUAUCAUUAUGGCCUGGCAUUAAUGGCAAAGAGUUGGUCAGAUUAAUAGGGGUUCACUGUACUUACAACUCUAACUACUCCAGGUUGCUUGUAAGUUAUGUAGCUACAUUGCAGUGUAACCCUUUAAGUCCACGUAAUGACCAAUAUCAAUAAAUUUUCUCCUGAUGAUAUCCAUACAUUGUCAAGAGAUUGGCUUAUCAGAAUUAAUAAAAUGAUCACUAAAGAGAAAAUGCCUUGAUCUUUCAUCAAAUUCUCUCAACCCAUUCUUUAAGAAGAUGACAUUGUAAGGAGAUCAGUUUGGAGAAUUUGUAUUUGGAUAUUGGGGCUUAAAAGGAUAAGUCAAUUCCAAGAGCACCCAUCACCCCUCUCCCUCAUCCUGAUUUGUCCUUUUACCAAAAAGGAAGGGGGGGCUUCAAUAUGAAAAUUAUAGGGAUGCUCAUCAUCUCAUGAAGGGGUAGAAGUUACGGAUUUUGGUGUCACUUACGGUGUUCAAGAUGGAAAGCCAAUGUUUUUACCCAUAAAAUUAUCUCCCAGGGUUGUGGGUAAAGAAAUUAUCUGUAUAAAAACAUUGCUGCUGACAGUUUGACUGUGUCCCUAUCUCUUUAAUAUGGGAGUCCCCCCCUCCCUCCCCUCCCCCAGUGACAUUUGACAUGUAGGUUAAUAUUAUUAUGUACUUAACAUUCUGGUUUCUUUACCUUCCAAAUCUUACAGUUAAACUGGGAAAACCAUGAACACCAGAAAUAUUUCUGUAAUGUCAUUGUGUUACAAGAAAAAUGCGAAUUGGGCGUGAGAAAACUGAACCGCAAGCAAGAACUUUAAUUAGUUUGUGGUUUUUGUGGCUAGUUUGCAUGUCCUGAUCUUUACUGUGAUUGGUCAAAACACAGUUCCUGAGAUAUUGCAAGUGUUCAUGGUUUUCCCGGUCGCACUGUAAUAACCAUUACUGUUCACUGUUUACAGGAUCUAAAGAUUAAAGUUUUAACAGAGCAAGAAGAAUUCCAAAAGUUUGUUUACAAACAUGCUAAAGCCAACCACCACCUUUACAACUAUAUUCACCCUAAUGGAUGGGACUACUUCAAGGUAAUUACAUUAAGUUUGUGUUAUCUCCCAGCCAUUUACUUACUGUCAUACAUCUCUCGUAAUGGAAAUUAACCUCUGCAUGUUUGAUAUUUUCAAUCCUGGGGCCUCAGUGUUUCUGGAAAGUCCCAGUAACUUUUCAGGCCCGAAAAGCUGUUUUAUGUUGGCCAUGUUUGCAUUCAAGAUCAAAGUUUCAGUAAUUUUGAAAAUGAUACUUGUAACAAUGAAACUGCCAGUUAACGAAGCAAAAUUGAAAAGUUUGUGAGCUAGGAACUUUGCUACUAUUCAACAGGUGCUGAUUUUAAAAUUUCCAUUUAGGUCCGAACGUUAUUGGGCCUUUCGAGAAACGGACCCCUGUCUUGUUAGUUACCACGUUAAACAAAUUAUUUAUUUAUUGUGUUUUUAGGCAAAAACUGAAGAAAAACUGAUGGAGGUCAAUGCUCAUUAUCCUGUGAGUUUUUCUGCUUAUGGUUUCACUUUAUUUCAACAAGUCAUCAGUUAUUUGAAAUAUAGAAAACAAUUUACUGCUGGAAUGCACUACUUCACAUGUAAUAUUUUUUAUUAUUAUAUUACCACCAAUGAAAUACCAGGUGAGCUUUCGUGCAAAAACAUGAUAUCUUCACAUGUGAAAAUAACAUGUUAUCUUCACACGUUAAAAGAUCACCGUUGCUAUGGCUGUGUAAUAAAUUGCUGCUUUCACAGGAAAAAGCUAUUAAAGUGAAAUGGUUUGGUAUUUCGUAUAAUAAAUAGAACAUUACAUGGUCACUUGGAGAUAUGAAAUUUCUCUUCUCGUGUUGAAAAUAUUUCACUCAUGAGCGAUUAUUCACCACUUGAAGAGAAAUUUUGUAUAUCUGCGUGGCCAUGUACAUGUAAUAUCUGCUUAUCUCUGCUUAAAGUCAAAAUUGAUAAAUUUUUUAAUUACAGUGCCCAUUCAAGGGUCUCCUCUAAGAAAAAUUGAAGGGAGUCCAGUGCUCUGUACCUGUGAAAUCCAGGGUACCCAGCAUAUGAUAUCUAUGAAAAACAAAGAUUUCCCAAUCACACGAGAGACAAAGCAAGUCAUUAGGGGCCACCGGAUACUGCUAGAGCACAGCUCUUCCAUUAUAUUACUAUACUAAUUUAUUAUAAUUGCCCAUUCAAGGGUCUCCUCUAAGAAAAAUUGAAGGGAGUCCAGUGCUCUGUACCUGUGAAAUCCAGGGUACCCAGCAUAUGAUAUCUAUGAAAAACAAAGAUUUCCCAAUCACACGAGAGACAAAGCAAGUCAUUAGGGGCCACCGGAUACUGCUAGAGCACAGCUCUUCCAUUAUAUUACUAUACUAAUUUUAUUGGCUGGUGUAUUUCUAUUUGUAGCAACAGUAUUCUCUACAGGAAACCAUUGGCUUGGCUGUGGGAGCUGUAUUUAAAUCUGAUGCAGUGUUGACUUUUGAGCAAACUUUACUGCAAGUGGUGAGUUUUCAAUUAAAAUAAAUAAUAAUUACAGUCAUCAUCAACUGGAGAUGGAUUGCUUACAUGCAUUCACAAAGUACUUGUAACUUGUACCUCAAAGCUUAAAUUAUGACUCUGAACAGAAAAAUGAUUUUUACAAAUACAUGUACAAUAAUCGAAAACAAAGCUUAUGUCUAUUUUAUGAUUUUAACUGGAAAAUUUGGUGCAUGUAAAGAGAUGGUUAAAAGGUCUGAGUAAAAUGUUGAAUUUAUUAAACAAAAUAAUGAAGUGAUGGUGUCAAAAAAUUUUGAAACAGGAAAAGUAAAUCACGUCAUGUAGGAAGCUAUUAAAUAAAUGGUCUUUGAUGUACAGUGUUCCCUAAAUCAUUUAUAUUUUUUCUUUCUUUUUCUUUUCCUUUUUUUUUCUAACACAGGGGAAUGUACCAUUGCUAUCUCCUCCUGCAAGUACCGGGUUAUUGCUUUCUGAAGUCACAUCUAGUUUAAAACAGAGAUUGAAAACACCUACUACACAAACAAGCAAGGUAAUGUAUGGACACAGCAACAGGAUUUCAUCAACAGACUUAAAAGUUACAACAUAAUAAACAGUACCACAGGAAAGUACUGCUCAGUAGCUUUCACUUGAAUGGUCACACCAUAGGAUUUUGUCUACAGACUCAAAAAUUAGAACCACCUUGUACAGCAUAAUAAAUAGUACCACAGACAAGUACUGCUCCGUAGCUUUCAUUCAUUGAAUGGUCACACGCAAGGAUUUUAUUCUAAUUCUUGUUACAGAAUCAAAAGAUAGAACCAUAUUACAUUUCUUUACAAUUGACUUUGGAAUUUCUGGAAUUAACCAUCCAACGAUAUGUUUCGUCAUAAAGAAGAAAAUUACUUUCCAUUUUAGCCUGAAUGCCAUACUGUACAUGUUAUAGUCGCUGUUUUCAAAGGGACCAUGUUUAAUUUUUUAAUGCAAAUGUGGAGCAGUUGGGAAAGCAUAAUUUAAAUAUUGGUCUAUUCCAAAUGAGAGAAUUUGAUAGUCUCGACAUAAAAAUUUGUAGUUCAUAUUUUUUUUACCUUUUGUACUUCCCAUUCCAGGUUGUGAGUGAGGAUCCUGUAGCUAUGGAUUUGGCAAGAAAGCAUAAAGUUGAUAUUGUGAUUUCUUCCAGUGGAUUGAACACUCUUCUGGAUAAUCAUGCCCCUGACUAUGGAAAACAGUGGCAAUUGCCUGUCACCGUUCAGCGGCUGGAAGGUUCGGUUUUGCUACAUACAAGUUCCUAGAUUUUUUAAAACCAUCAUGAAUUAGUUCAAGAUUGUGGUAAGCUGGCCACUUACGUCUGUCUGUGCUGAGGCCCUGUUAGCGAGUGUGUGAAGGAGGGGGGAGGGGGUGGUCAAGUGUGUCUAACUUCUCCCCUAACAAAGCAUUUUGCCUUAAGUAUGAAGCUAGUGUGAACAUUGGUUCUGGGGAGGGGUACCCUGGGUGCCAGAGACUUUUCUAGCGCGAUUUCCGGUUUCUGUCAAGCUAAUCACAAACAUAAAGAUGACAACGUUUUUCAGUUAAUGGCCAUUCUGUCUAUUUGAUUGAGUGUAACAAAAUUCCCCUCAAAGACUGUAAACGUCCAGCAUGUAAGUCGCAGUUUUGGAUCAUUCGUGUAAUCGGGGCAGAAAACCAUGUGAUUUGAGUCCCAUUAAAGUGUAUGUAUGCGUGCGGUUUGGUAUGUACUCGUGACUUCAUUCUUUUUCCUUAAUAUUGGCAAAAAGCUCAAAUGGAGACAGAGAGUUCGGCAUUCUUGCCAUCCUUUAAGAAUUAACAUUCUUCUUGAAAUUCGUCAUGCUGGAAUAAAAAAAUCGGCCUAAAUAAGGGCAAUGCUAAACUUUCCAAUCGUUUUAGCUUCCUGUCAUUUUUGCUUUGGACAAAAUAACGCUACACAAUAUCCAAAACAGAGGCUCAAAUGACGAUCAUACUCAACCUACUUAUGAAAUGACUCCAGGGUUCAAACCUCCCACAGAAAGUACGUGUACAGGGAAACUUGUAUUAGGCGGACAGCCGCGGGAAGCUCCAAUAUCAACAAACAAAUUCCCCAGACUGAUCUCCACGCAUUUCCCUUAAAAUUAGUUGAGAGAAUUUGAUUAAAGAUCAAAGAAUUUUCCCUUUUUUGAUCGUUUCAUUAAUUUUCAUAACCUUUUAUCGUGCACCGUGGAUACGAGAGGGCAACCUCGUUCCCAGGGUCUCUCCUACCCGCCCGUCCGUAGGGUGGGUUGGAGAGAACCCUGGGAACGAGGUUGACGAGAGGGUUCUUUCUUGCGUGCGUGGGUUUGCCUAGAUAUGGGCUCAGGCCGAAUCCACAAGCGGCAAACCCGCGAAAGUCACCGGAAACCGCACGUAAACCGACACCCAAGGUAGGUUAGUCUUCGCAAGGACAAAACUGCUGAUACUGCUCGUUGAUUAUGACUGUCGGUAUGCGCAAGAUAUUGGAUAUGACGUGGAAUAGUUUCGCUAGGUACGACUGACAUGAACCUUCGGCUACAAUAAAAUCCCAUAGGGGAGUAAAAUAAUUCUCUGGUGGUGAUAUUUUGGCCAAAUUGCCCACCAAUGGCUCCACAGGAGGCUAAAUCUCGUUUUUUUUUUAACUCACAGUAUUUGACUUGUUCUUUUUUUCCUUCUCUGCUGUAGGAGCACAAGGUCAUUCCAGUAACCAGAGAGUGGUUUUCAUCGACAAAUCUCUUCCACCGCAAAACAUCGAUCCUCGCUUAGUUAACUGGAAGUACUUCAAGUAUGCUUUACGGAAACUGCUUUGCACAAAAACUGGCCCGCAAAACACAACGUUAAAAACAGACAAAACUGAAGAGGACAAAAGCGUCACUGCUGCGGCUCUUUCAGAGCACAACACCAGAAAGCGCCAAGCGGUGGAAGAAGAAAACGAGCUCCAGGAACUGAAGAAACCCAAAGUAGCUAAAUCGUCGUCAAGUCCAGAAAUUAACCCUUGUGAAAGAGAGAGAGAUUCGUCCAUUACAGACGAAACAAGAAGGUACUUUGUUUACAAUCUGUGGAGAUUUGGGAAGCUUAAGAUUUUGAUUCGCUGCAGUGUAGAUGCAUAUAGAUCAGAUCCUGACAAACAGAACUCCUUUACUUUCUUCAACGUGCUUCCUAAACUUGAAUACCUGCCUUCGCUUGGACAUGAAAAGCUUACACGUAGUGAGACGGCGCGGUUAUGGCUUCACGGAUACACUCGUCCUCAGACGAAAAUCAUGUGUGGAAGAAUCAACGUAUUUAACUCAGCAUUAUUACGAGUUGACGAGCUGUCUCCAAACGAUGUUUUACAGCAAGGAACGGAUUUUAACCCGGCUCAAGGGAUGAAAAUGGUGUUUCAAAUUUUUCAAGCUCUCAUGCGACUUCCUGAGUCCAAGUUCAUACUAUCUCACAAGUCCGGAGAACUUCAUAGCUGUUUGUACAAGAGUUUUGGGUUUUCGAAAUCUAGUUCGAGGUCUUCGUUUGAAGUCCACACUUUGAAAACGCCAGUUAUGACUAACUUCUCAGAAGCUACCAUUCCUUGGGUCCCGAUCGAUUGUAAUCUGUUUUUGCCGUGGCAGAUAAGGAAAAAAAGAGUUCCCUGCACGUUUCCAGCCGUUCUGGAGAAAGAUCUGGCGCUAAUGGCGCAAAAAGAACAGGAAGCUAAGGCAAAGAAAUCCAAGAUGAACAAGAAGAAAGGGAAAAAGAAAUAUAAAGGAAAAGCAGGGGGAUUUACACCUAGAAAACCAAAACCAGAACAUGCGGCACAACACUCUAGUGAUAUGGCUGAUCAGGGAAGGAAACCUCAGAACACAAAAAGUCAUAAAAAGUUUCAUAAACGGUGGCAAAAGGGUCGUAGGUCUGCGUUGUCGGCUAAUUUUUAUGACACGCAGCCAGUGGAAAAAGAAAGUGAGGUAUUUUCAGCUGCAAGAAUGGCUUCCGAUCCGGUUACCUAUGACGAUAUUGAUUUUUGA